AAAAAUCAUUACCAUCUCUUCCACCUCCAGUCCCAUCUAAUCAAUCAACCAAACCUUCCGCAUGGCAAAAGACCAAAACCGCUUGCGCGCCAUGCUGUAACGUUCUUUUAACCCCAUAUUACAAAUGGAGCGAAUGGCUAGAAAAAAAACAUCCAAGAGUAGCACCAUACAAAUAUGCAAUAUUAAUUUCAUUAGGACUAUUUCUUAUAGCUUUACUAAUAAUUAUAAUAAUUGCCGCUGUUGGUGGAUUUCAAAGUUAUGAUACUGGAGCAUCAGGAUUAGAUAUGAGUGGGAGUGGAGAUGGCACUUAUUAUGAUCCGGGUGUGGGAAUAGGUUCAUGUGGAUGGCAAAAUUAUGAUAGUGAAUUAGUUGCUGCUAUGAAUGCACCACAAUACGGUAUAUAUGCUGACCCUGGUGAUUCGCCAGUGUGCGGGAAAUGCAUACAAAUCACUGGACCUAAGGGAACCGUUAAAGUAAAAGUUGUGGAUAAGUGCCCUGUAUGUAAAAGCGGUGACAUUGAUAUGUCAUCGACAGCUUUUAAACAAAUUGCCAACCUAGAUGAUGGAAGAGUAAAAAUAACUUGGAAAGGAUGCUAA